ACUGCUGCCGGCAACGUCUUCGGCAACGAGGGAACAGCGGCUGGUGGCCUCGCAAACGGCUAUGCGGGUCUCGAAGGAUCUGCAAUCGCUGCCGGUGGUGAGAACGGCGCGAUCGGUGCGGCUGGCUCAUACUCGCAGGGCAUUGGCGCUGCGUACGUGCUCCCUGUGACUUGCCCGGAAAUAUGA